UCGCUGCGGUUCCCUUCGGACCUUUAAAGCGGACGGACCAAACAAAAAGUGUCCCGCCUGAAGUUCGUCCCCAUCAUAGUGGCUCUGGAGGGAAGAAGUCCGAGUUUAAGAUGAAGUUUCGGGGGAAGAUCGUGGACGUCGCCUGCCUGAACCACUUCAGCCGAGUCAUUACCACCAUCUCAAAGCUGACGAAGAUGUGCGUCCUGCGGCUAACUCCAGACAACCUGUUCUUCGUUUUGUCUGAGAAAGUGGCCAACGGAGGAGUCAGCAUGUGGUGUGAGCUGUCACAGGCCAACUUCUUCGAUGAGUACCAGAUGGAGGGCGUGUCCCCCGAGGACAAUGAGAUUUGUCUGGAAGUGACUCCAGAGAACCUGUCCAGAGCCCUGAAGACGGUCCAGACCGCCAAGUCGGUCAAAGUCAAACUGACCAAGAAGCACUGCCCCUGCCUCACCAUCGCCGCCGAGCUGCCCACUCUGUCCAGCGUCAGUCGAGUCGUCACUCAUGACGUCCCCGUCGACGUCAUCCCCCGGAGACUCUGGCAUGAAUUCAAAGAACCGAACGUUCCGGACUUUGAUGUCAGCAUCUACCUGCCGCCUCUGAAGACCAUGAAGAACGUCGUGGACAGAAUGAAGAACCUCUCCAACUUCCUGGUGAUUGAAGCCAACCUGAACGGAGAGAUGAACCUGAAGAUCGAGACGGAUCUGGUUUCUGUGACCACUCACUUCAAAGACCUGGGAAACCCUCCGUGGGGUGAUGACUCCUCUCAGGACGGUGGUCCGUCUCAGAGCAGAGACCCGGACAGCAUGGCGGAGGCCAGGGUGGACGUCAGGAGGCUGCAGCAGUUCCUCAUGGGACAGCAGGUCAACCCCAGCAAGGCCAUGUGCAAUAUCGUCCAUCAGAGGAUCCUCCACCUGAUUCUGCUGCAUGAGGACGUGUCGCUGCAGUAUUUCAUCCCCGCAGUGGCGUAGACGCUCUGCAGACCGCUCAGGUUUGCUGAGGGUUUGAGGUAAAGAAAAAGGGGAUGUGAACUGGUUUGGAGUAAACCCCACAUGCCAAAGGAAUCCUCCGAAACUCAGCGUGUCUGGGAAGUCUGUCCUGCAUUUCAGUGACGAUGCAAAGUUCGUUUGAUUCGUCACCACAGGAAGACUUUACCCUCUGACCUCUGCUCGGAGCAAAGUCACGCUGAUAAAUCCACAUUUAUCAGAGCAGGAGGGGCAUUUGGACAGUUGAGACAGAAGUUGCACAUUUAUUGUUUGUGAGUUUCAGAUUGUUGCUUUUUUUUUUGCUUUAAAAAUGUUUCAAAUAAUUAAAAAAUAUUAAUCCUUA